AUGGAUGACUCGACCCCGACGCCCGUCCAGCAGCAAAAGCGCCCUCGUGUAGCCGAAGAAAACCGGAAGCGAGCUGUUCGAGCAUGCGAUGGCUGCCGUCGGGUAAAGGAGAAAUGUGAAGGUGGUGUGCCAUGUCGGAGAUGUCUGCGAUAUCGCCGCCAGUGCAAUUUCACACACAUUGACCCCAGUGAAAAGGCGCGGUCGACCUCUGUUUCGAACUUCCCCGAAAUCAGACUUCUCGACCGAGCAGCCGGACUGAGUCGAAAUGACAUCGCCGAGGCAGAACGAGUGCGCCUCAUGGAGCGCCUUUUAUCCCACUAUAUACCCAACAUUACUUUCGACAUUCAGUCACUGCGCCAGGCUGUGGAGGAACUAAAAAGCAAACACCGCGAUUCCGAAUCAGAUGCGAUCUCUACAAGGGAAGACCCCAAUGAGUUGGAGGAUCUUGCUAUUGAUGAUGAGCAUUUUACUAUUAAGGCCAUGCCCGAUAACACAACCCAAUAUUCUGGUGAAUUUUCCUACUUAAAUUUCACAAUGAAGAUUCGCAAAAAGAUCGAUGAGUGGAUGAAGACAGCGGCUCCAGAGGCAACCUCCGAAGUUGAGCCUUUCGAAGAACGGUGGCGAAGUACGCAACUUCAGUCUGCGUCUCCUGCUGUAUCGGCAUCAAUUACUUAUCUUCCGCCACGAUAUGUGGCCGACUUCUUGGUCCAGAUUUUCUUCAAGUACGCACAAACCAACAAUUUCUAUAUUGAGGAGGAUUGGUUACUCGAGAAAUUGGGCAUAUGCUACACUGACCCCGACAGUUUAUCAUUUGACGAUGCAGCUGCAGUGUGUUGUAUCCUUAUGGUAUUGGCUGUGGGUACCCAAUUCGCACACAUGGAGUCAUCUACACCUAUGAACCGAUUGCCUUCUGGUUCUGCAACUAACCAGGACCACCAUUUUUCGGAGGACGAAGUCGGCCUCACAUUCUACCAGUUUGCUUCAAAGCUUUUACCUGACAUCAUCGCCACUGCAUCCGUUCGAAGUGUGCAGGCUUGUCUACUCAUCGGUACUUACUUGCUCCCGUUGGACACUUCGGGACUAUGCUACACAUACUUUGGUCUAGCACUAAAAUUGGCCAUUCAAAAUGGAAUGCAUCGCAGAUACCAUGGUGAGGGUCUCUCCCCACGCAUGAUUGAGGUACGGAACCGGGUUUUCUGGACCUCCUUUACCAUCGAAAAGCGCAUCAGCAUUCUCCACGGCAGACCUUCAUCAUUGUCUGAUCCUGACGUCGACGGCCCUCUGCCUGUUGAUUUCCCUGGGCUCAUGCCUGCCUCUCAAAUCUCAAACCACACAAAUAUGGUAGCUUUGAUUACCUUGACUUUGAAACUUGGGGAAGUUUCAACUGAAAUUACCUCAUUGCGAACAUAUCCCAAAAGUCAGCAACAGGACUGUCUCGAGCGGCUACUCAACUUGCGUAAACACCUCGUUGAUUGGUGGUCCACUCUGCCGGAAGAAAUUACAUGUCGUGAUCUGAACCCCGGAGGGGCUUUGUUCAGGUCUAACGUGCACCUUAAAUUGGACUACUGCCUGACAAGGAUAUUCAUUGGACGGCCAUUCCUUUUCAGCAAUAUCAAAGGCAUAAAUCAAACCCCCUCUCAGUCAACGUCGUUCAAGGGAGCUUCUGGUCUGGCAAAGAACCGUGCAACUCUAGUGACUGAUUGCGUUGAAGCUGCUCUGGAAAUCAUUGAUUUGUGCCGUUUGCUCCGUGAUGAGACAGGCCUUGCAAGGGCCUCAUUCACAGAGUUCAGCUCGUGCCGUGCAGCUCUCUUGGUCAUUUUGGCACAGGGAUUAACAAAACGAACUGAACGACUAGGUGCUGCCCUCGAGCAAGGUAUCUCUCUGAUCAAGAUUAUGUCUAUGGGUGUGGGAUCUGCCCGCUCAGCUGUCAGUGUCAUCGAGGCUCUUGAACGUGCUAUCCGCCGCCUCGAAGCAUGGAGCGAAACACAACCAGAUAUGAGCCACGGAGGCACUGUAGAAUCCGCAUACGACAGGUUCAAAAAUUGGGAAAUGCUCUGGAAGGCUGGUCCAAUUUCACCAUCCACACUCGCUUGGCAGCAGCAGGAGGCAUUCCCCUCCAACGAGCAGAAGGUCGCACACAGCUUGCCUCCUCACUCCUCCGCCGUGGCGGGUCAUCCCACCGUCAUGCCUGGCAUCCCAAUGACACCCCCUUCAGCCGCAAUGCUCGGCACGAACGGAGCUAUAUCAAACCCCGUUGGACCUGAUCAUGACCUCGUGGAAGGCGACCCGGGUAGUGCACUCUCUGACAGUUUCUCCAUCUCUCAGCAAUCUCUCUCACAUAUGCCGCACUUUGGAUUCGAUCACUUCGUUUCAAACUUCCCACAAGAGUUGGGCGAGUUCACUGCAAUUCCUUGUUUCGAGCCAGACGCCCAAGGGCAACCAACUGGUAUGGGUGGUCCUGAAAUGAAGACGCCAGGCAAUGCUUCUGAUCCUCACUGGCUACAAUUCAUGAGAGAGUGA